AUGGCUCAGAUGCUGGCUCUCAGCCUCCUUAGCCUGGUCCUGGCUCUCUGCGUCCCCUGGACCCAAGGCAGUGACGGUGGAGGUCAGGAUUGCUGCCUCAAGUACAGCCAGAGGAAGAUUCCCUACAGUAUUGUCCAAGGCUACAGAAAGCAAGAACCAAGCUUAGGCUGCCCCAUCCCGGCAAUCCUGUUCUCACCCCGGAAGCGCCAUCAGCCUGAGCUAUGUGCAAACCCGGAACAAAGCUGGGUGCAGAAGCUGAUACGACGUCUGGACCAGCCUCCAGCCCCAGGGCAACAAAGUUCCGGCUGCAGAAAGAACAGAGGAACCCAUAAGUCUGGAAAGAAAGGAAAGGGUUCCAAAGGCUGCAAGGGGACUGAACCCACACAGACCCUGAAAGGGCCAUAG